AUGCCGGUGCAGACGCUCCGGGGCCCCGUCGCCCAGUGCCGGCCCCUGACAUACAACCUCGCGCGAAGCAGCCGCCCCAAGCCUCCCUCGCGCCGCUGCGCGACGCGCGCUCACCCCGCGGCGCGGCGCACGAAGUACCGCGAGGAGAAGAUGAAGGUCAGGAGGGAGGAGCCGCUGUACCUGCGCGUCCAUGAGGGCACCGCGUGGAAGCUCGCGCAGAUUGGACAGAUGCUCCAGCAGGGAGCAGUGGGCAUCAUCCAGACCGACACCAACCCGGCCUUUGUGUGCGACCUCCACAACCGCGAGGCCGUCGACAGGCUCUACAGGGCGAAGGAGGCGGACCCGAAGAAGCCCCUGUCGAUCCUCUGUCGCGACAUGAAGGACAUCGCGCAGUACACCGUCGGGUUCCCGCAGAGUCCCGAGUUCAACGCCUUCAAAGCCGCCCGUGCCGCCCUCCCUGGACCCUAUACUUUCAUUUUGCAGGCGAGCAAGGAGAUGCCGCGGCAGGUGAUGGACAGCGCGUCGCGGAAGCGCGCGAACCGCAAGACCGUCGGCGUCCGCAUCCCGGACGACCCCAUCGUCACGGGGGUCCUGGAGUCGUUUGGCGGCGUGCUGCUGUGCUCGUCCGUACCGGUGGACAACGAGGACGAGGUCGACUACGCCGCCUUCUGCGAGGACUCGCACGACAUCGACUUCAUCGUCAGCCACGACAACGCACAGUCGGUGCAGUCGACCGUCGUGGACCUCACGACGCGCCUGCCCCAGAUCAUCCGGUACGGCGCGGGCGACCCGGAGCCGUUCGACUUCGGCGGGGACGGCGGCGACGAGCUCGACUUCGCGGACGAGCUCCACGUGGACACCAAGUUCAUGGACCACGUCAAGGGUAUGAACAAGACACGUGACGUCAGGUACUGGGCCGCGUCCACGUGA